CUGCUAAAUCCUUGAAAUCUACUAUUGUCAUUGUGCCUAAUGCAUCAUAAUUUCAUUUUUCACUUCCUAAUCAAACAUGAGAAAAUGAAUAAGAAAUUAACUUAUUUUCCAUGGAAAACAUUUUCCGUCGUAUCAAACUCACCCUUAAUGUAAAAAUGAAAUAUCUUAUAAAUAAAACAUAGAAAAAAAAAUUCUGUAUAGAACUAGAACGUAUAAGACAUGUACACAUCCCUCCUACAUACAAAAUCACAAAACAGACAAUUACUACUCCUCACCCACUUUCCCUUCCGUCCACACAAUCGAAUUCGAAGAGAUGUGCUCAUUAGAGAAGAAAGGCAACGUCUUCCUCCUUACUUUAACCGGCACCGAUGACCACCGUCUUCAUCCCGACCUCAUCGACUCCAUCUCCGCCGCACUCCGCCGUGUCCGAUCUGAAUCCACCUCUUCCUCCGCCCUCAUCACCACCGCUGAAGGCAAAUACUUCUCCAAUGGUUACGAUCUAAAGUGGGCCUUUGUAGACAUAGCCCGUCAACAACUCAUGUCUAGAAAACUCCGACGUCUCGUUUCCGACCUAAUCACUUUACCCAUGCCGACUAUCGCGGCCGUCACCGGCCACGCCUCCGCCGCCGGGUUCGUAUUCGUGCUUUGCCAUGAUUACAUUCUGAUGAGGAAGGAUCGAGGGUUUCUUUACAUGAGCGAGCUUGAUAUUGGCUUUCCUAUACCUAUUUGGUUUUCGGCUUUGGUGAAAUGUAAAAUUGGGUCACCUGCUGUUUGGCGUGAGGUAGUGAUGAAAGCUGCUAAAGUGACGGGUGAAGUGGGAGUGAAAAUGGGGAUCGUUGAUUCUGUUUACGCCGGAGUGGAGGAAACUCUGGAGGCGGCGAUUAAGUUAGGUGAAGAAUUGGUGAGAAGAAAUUGGGAUGGGAAAGUUUAUGCUGGUUGUAGGAAAACACUGUAUGUUGAACUGUUGAAUAAGCUUGGUUCUGAUGAAACUGUGGGUGAUUAUGGGGAUGAUGAAGCUAACAAGACUCUAUCCAAGCUGUGAUGGAUUAUGUUGUUUGGAUUAUUAAGGAAAAAAUGUUGUUCACUUGUGUUUGAAUUUGUCAGGUUUAUAGAUUCUGAAACUCUCCGUAUCCCACUUUGUGAGAAUAUACUAGCAAUGUAUUGUUGUGUUUGAAUUCUUCGAAUACACGCUAUUUUUGAAGGAUUCGGCACAUACUUUUAUAUAUAUAUUAUUUUUUAAAUAAUUUGAGCAACA